UGUCCGAACUUCUCCUCCUUGACAGCAAGAACAUACUGUGUUAAUAUUUUUAAAUGUCAUUAGCUCUCUCAACAGAUCUGCUUGAGAAAUACUUCUGUCUGGAUCUGAUUUAUGAACUUGAAAAGGUACUCGAUUAGGAACUAUCAGGUUUUUUUUUUCUUUCUGGAAGGAAGACAAGAGAAAACUAUUUAUGAUUCUCAUUCUAGACUCAAAUUCACACCUAACUGCUCCUCUCUCUCCUCCAUCUGCUAAAAUCACAGGCUUGAAAUGAAAGGUCCUUGGUAUAAAUAAAGCUUGUAGAACAAAUUAAAACAGGAGGAAAGAGAUCAGUCUUGUUUAAGUAAUGACUGUGUGUCUGGAGAGGUUUAACAAGACUACAAGCAGAGAUCAUCAGGUUUGGCAAUAUUAGUCAGAGGAUCAGUCUUAACUGUGAGACACUAUCUAGACACAGAUAACGUCCAGAACAUGUCCAGAUCUGGCAAUUUUACCAAAGUACUCAGAUAACAUAAUACAUAUUUAAACCAUUCAAACAUUUCCUUCUUUCUUCUAUCUGUGAUACUGAACAGCUCCCACCCACUUGACGUUGUAGACUGAGUGAUUCAGAUCUAUUGGCUCUUGGUUGUGGAAAAAUCUGCCUUGAGGUCAGUUAUGGUUCAUACCACAAGCAGCCAUCCUUUCUUCACUCUGCCUAACCUCAGCCUGCUUUUUUAAAUAGACACAAUAUCCUUACUUUCAGCUGCAUUUGGUUAAGGUCUGCAUAGAGUCAUGUGCAAAGUAUAAGGACUUCUGAAUGCUCUGUGCAUGCAGAAGCCUGUCUGUGAAAGCUGGCCCCUGUUGGGCCCAAGCAGAAAAUAAAGGAGGUGGCCGUGUCUCAAAAGCCAGAAAUACUGGGAAAUACUGAGAGAGAGCCUAGAGGCGUCCAUUGCUGCCGCACUGAUGGUAAUCCUUGUGAAGGCUUUCCCACCUGGUAGAAAGCAGCAAAUUGUAACAGCCCAGAAAAUGCUUCAGGCGUUAGAAUUUUGAGUUCUGCUGUGUCCCUGAACGUCUUUCCUGAAACUGGAGGAGGUUUUUUUUGCCCCCCCCCCCUCCCCCCAGGGAUGGUUUCCUGUACACAACAAUCAGACUUUAGUAAUUGCAACUUUUCUUUUUCUUUUCUGAUUUACAAGCCCACAUGAGGCCUUUUGGAUUCAUUAUGCAUGAACCAGUGUGUGUCUGGGGAUGAAUAAUGUUCCAUCUUACUUUCUUUUUUGCCCUUGCACUGAACAGUUUUGUUUUUUUACAGAAAUGCCUUUUUCCUUUUGAGAACUCUCGGAAAUAUGUUCCUUUAAGAACCUCCUACAUGAUAUGUAUUUGCCAUUUCUAAACACAGUAUGUCAAAGAAUGAUUUGAUUCAGUGGUGAGGCAGCUAGAUAUUUGCAGGUCAUGAGGUCUUAAGGGAAACAAACUGUCCCUCAGCCUUCCCCCAUCCAGACAAAUUCUGAUGGGACCCUCAAAUAGCUCUGGCAAAGUGUUCUGUUUCUUUUGGACUUGAUGGAUGCUUGUUUCUGUGAAGACGUGUAAUUAUUUCUUCCUUUAUUUUGCUGCGCAAGUUACCGAGAGAAGCAGCUUAAAACUAAAUACCACGUGGAGGGCCCCAGCAGGAUGACCAGCAGCCACACAGACUGCCAUUUCUGCCUGCAGUCUCUCCGUGGCAGGAAAUAUGCACUAAGAGGUGAAAAUGCUUACUGUGUUCCGUGUUAUGACAGCCUGUACGCCAACCCCUGCGAAGAGUGCAAGCAGCCCAUUGAGUGCAGCUCCAAGGAUCUGGCCUACAAAGGCCGCCACUGGCAUGAGGGAUGCUUCAGGUGUGCCAAGUGCAGUCGCUCACUCGUGGAGAAACCAUUUGCUGCCAAGGAUGAGGUCUUGCUUUGUACUGAGUGCUACUCUGAUGAGUAUUCAUCCAAGUGUUUUCACUGCCAGAAGACCAUUAUGCCUGGUUCACGUAAAAUGGAAUUUAAGGGAAGUUCCUGGCAUGAAUCCUGUUUUGUUUGCCAGUAUUGUCGGCAACCAUUGGGAACAAAACCAUUAAUCACCAAAGACAAUGAGAAUUACUGUGUGCCCUGUUUUGAGAAGCAAUUUGCCCAGCAUUGCUAUGCUUGCAGAAAGGUUAUAACAUCUGGAGGAGUGGCCUACCAUGACCAGCCUUGGCAUAAAGAAUGCUUUGUGUGUGCCGUGUGUAAAACUCAGCUGUCUAGACAAAGAUUCAUUUCCAAAGAUGAGUACCCAUACUGUGUAGACUGUUUCAGCAAAUUUCAUGCCAAGAAGUGUGCUGCUUGCAAGAAACCUAUUACAGCUCUUGGAGGUGCCAAAUACAUCUCAUUUGAGGAGCGUCAGUGGCACGGGGAAUGCUUUAGCUGCGCGAAAUGCUCUGUUUGCCUGGUGGGUCAGGAAUUCCUCACUCGGCAGGAUGACAUCCUUUGCCACAAAUGUGGCUCUGCUUCAUAGUUCUGUGGAAAGCUGUGCAGCUGCAUUAUUCUCACUCUGUAGCAAGGUAGUUCAUUGGUCUGCUGUAAGAAAACCAGAUAAAAGGUACUAUAGUUAUUUAGUCAUUCAAGUAACUUUCCAACAGCUGUUUUACAUCGUCAUAAUUCUCAGCUGCUUAUAAACAAAAAUUUAACAACUGCCCCAUACUGGUUAAUAAAACAAUGCAGAAAAGAUUUGUAUAUAUUUUAAGCCUAACUCCAGUGUGUUUUCCUUGUAACACACUGCACUCUGCUGUUAGAAGCUUAAAAAUUUAUCUUUCAUCACCUCUGAACCAAGAAGGAUUGUGAAGCGUCUGUUUGGCAUAUGAAUAAUGAUGCAGCAUUAGCACUGAUUCACAGAUGCAGAUCUUGGCACAGAAAACUGGGCACAAACAUUUUUCUCUUGGAUCAUAACAUUGAAGAGAAUACCUUGUAAAUAUUAUAUUCUUCCAUACUUUGGGCAAAAAGAUGCUGACAAUGCAGGCAGAAAUUGUGAGUAGGAGAUGUGUUCACAUUGAGGAGCACAGUCAGAAAGGCCCAUUCCAAGGGCCAUUUCAAUGGAAAAAAGUCACUUUCCUUCCCUUACUGGAAUUGCUAUCCAAAGAAGUCACCCAAGACACUAAAGCACAGGUCCUUUCCCAAAAUUGGGUAACUGUACUUAUUUUUUUUGCUGCUCUAGAACAGAAAUAAACCCAUAUUUUCAGUUACUACAAGAGGUAAGGAAUGCCCAAGAUUGAAUAGUGCUGAUGUACGUUUUCCUAUAACUAAUAUGCCUUAAUACUCUGUUUCCACUGUUGUUGCUAUACCUUCAAAUACAGAUUUAAAAUAUUCUUUUUUUAUUAGUUGACUCAAGAGCCAACUCAUAGUAGUCUGUUUAACCUUGUACUUUCCUUCAUUCAAAACUGCUUUGCCAGCAACUGAAGCCAUGUUAAGGACCUUACCUGCUUGGUCUAUGAUUCACAGUUCAUACCUCUGCUUGUAAAUUUCUGCUUGGGGACAGCAGGCUAUAAUCUGUCCAGAACCAGUUCCUGAUUCACUUCACCAUUAGCCACAUGUGUUUUUUAACAGUAUGUCAAUAAUUAGUAAUUGUCAUUGCAAGCCAGGCAGCUCUUGCUUGCAGUACAGGGUCUUAGUUCCUAAGCAGCCAGCCUUUAUAUCUGCUUGCUGAGCUCCAGCACUCAGAUGUCUACUGUUAAAGGUCAUCUAGAGCUGAGUUACAAACAUCUAUCUGCCUCCUUCUUCCACAGUGUGUGUUGCAGUGGUCUGAUUCCUGUACUGAGCCAUUGUGGAGUGAUGUUAGGAAUGGCAGGUUCUGCACUGUCCAGCAGAGUUUGAGUCCUCAUCUCAGAGGUCUUUAAGUCAUUCUUCUUCAGACUCUGACCUUGAGUGUAUAGAAUUAUUUGGCUGACUUGUAUGGCCUUUAUUCAUAUUGAAGACAGUCAUUAUUUUAGGUAGAAAAGUGGUAAAAAAGGAGGAAUAUGUGUGGCAUGGCUAAGCCAGAGCCAAAGUGCAGUGGCAUAAAAUCAAUAUGGAUAAUGACUGACCAAUGAGUACAUAGCUGUGUGUUGUCAGUCGAUAAAAUAUUGAUCUUUUGCUCUAUGUGGUGUUAAUUUUUGGUUUUCAUUUUCUUCUUUCAUGGCAGCUUUUAUUGCAGUCUAGAGUUUGAUUAGUUUAUGUUUUUUCAUUUUAUCCCAGCUGCUUCCUUUUCUAUUUACACAUCUCCCAUGGCUGACACAGGUUCUUGGUAAGGCCUAUAUUCCCAUGAAUAGAAAUAUGUUUCAUUGCAUUUUAUGUAUAAAUAUAUAUAUACACACACAAAAAAAUAGUAGUUCACAGUUAUGUAUGAUGUUCUAAAAAAUUUGCACUGAGAUAUCAGAUAUUAGUAAAUGUUAAUGGUCUUAAAUUUUUAAAUUAAAAUGAUGAAUCACAAUAUUCGGGCUUGUCUGUGUGGUGUACCUUUGUUUGUUUGUGUGAAAUUACAUUCAGCACAUCUCAA